AUGUCAGAGGAAGCUAUUAGGCGGAUAGAGGAGGAUGUGAUGGUCGUUCAGGUUCAAGAUUUCAAUGAGUACCCGGAACAAGUUACUGAGAGACCCCAAAUCGUUGAGGUCGCUUCUCCCAAUCAGGAGUUGAUAUGCCCCAGAUGCGAAACGCAACUGCGCAUCAACUACGAUGAACCCCAGUGCCUGCAAUGCGGGUAUGUGGACUAUGCUUAUAUUCCACCCAACGCCCAUAGAAGAAAGAGGAGCCUCAUGAGUACGGGCACUCGCUACGUCCUCCGGUACAACGGGACGUUUGGCAAGCUUGCGGAUACGCUUACUCAUGUGCAACUCCGUCGCUUUCGCAACAGAGCGAUAUACCUUGUCAGUUGCCCGUUCUGCCACAAAGAAAUGACCCAAUCGUCAUUGUCAGGCAAGCGCCGCGAAGUACGCGAGGAACGCUACAAGUGCGACGACGGCCACCGCAUCUCGCUCAUACCGUCAAAGAACGGGUCCCUCGGCUGGAAAGUAGCGAUAAUCCCUCUCUGCACCGGAUUGCCGGCGGUCCAAUGGUACACGCCACCUCUGCCGGCAGUCUCUGCACUCAUCGCACAAUUCGCGGCGAAAAUGGCGGGAUAUGACCAAAAUCGCUGA